AUGGCAAACCAAUUCCGCGAUAAAACAUGGCGGUAUCGCAACGUCUUUGUAUACUUCCCCAAGGAGCUUUUCCGUAUAGAUGACGGUCCGCGAAUCCAAGUCAAAGUAAAGAGCAGGUACCGGAGAUCUGGACGUGGCAUUGAGAUAUUGAGCGACAGAUAUGGAUAUGUCCGUCCGAAGGCCUUGAACCCGCUCACAUACCAAUUCCCAAAUGGAUUAUCGGUCCAUCCAAACACAGCACGCCAACAGACAUUCAUCAAGAACUACUCUGGCGAGGCGCUCCAUAUAUACUCGAUUCCUGCGGGAACUAUGCUCCCAGAGAAACUACUCCUGGUUCAUGACGCGGAAGAUCACUACUCUAUUCAACCGAGACGACAUAUGAGAUUGAGAGAGUUCCAUGACACGCUGAUAGAGCUCUUUCGAAGGAGCUCAAAGUGCUUCACGCAGGAUGAGUGGUUGGCGGCGUACCCAGAACCCACAGACCAAGACGACCUCAAAUCGUAUUGA